AUGAAGAAGUCCAACGUCCCUGAUGCCUGGGACGAUGAUUGGGAAACUCAAGCCGACAGAGCUGCCGCUGAAGAUGACGAGAACCCCAGUCAAGGCGGGGUUUCUCUCCAGCCCGCGCCGCCGUUGACCAAGGCCGAGCGCAUCGUGCAGCAUGAGGCUGCAAACCGGAAGAUGUGGGAGUCUGCAGAUGCAACCCCCCAAACAUUCCACUAUCUCGAAGCCAACAGCAGCGUUCCCCUCACAUCCACAUUCAAACCCCAAGUCAAGGUUCUUAGCCGGAAGCCCAUCAUUGCCAAACGCGACCCCGUAACAGGCAUGUCUCAGCUGUCAAUGGAUGACGACGAAACCGAAAGGGAUGGCAAGCAAACCCAGCCCACUGCUGAAGAGAUACGGGCCAAGCAGAAGCGAGACUUGGAGGAGAAGCAGAGACGAUAUGACGAGGCUCGAGCCAAGAUCUUUGGAGAGUCAAAUCCUUCAAGUAGGGGUUCGUCACCGGGCACGGUAACGCCGCCCCGGAGCGAUAGCAGACAUGCCGGAAGGAACCGUGGACGAGGCGGAGGGGGAGGAGGAGGACAGCGUAACAACAGUGGCAAUAAUAAUGAAGGCGGGAGACAACCGGACCCAAGGAGAACGAAUAACCAACCUUCUUCGGGGCGGGAACUUUACGACCCGAAUUUCUCACCAAAGCCGGAUUCAAUGGCCCAGCGUCGAGGAGGGGGAGAUGGCGAUGGAGCCUCCGUCUCGGGACGAGGGACACCACUGAGAGAUGACCAAUAUCAAUUUCAGGCACCGCAGCAACAACAAGCUAUUCGAAUGCCUAGAGGACCAGAUGGUACUGGCCGGGGAGGAUUUGGAUUCGCACGACGAGGCGGGAAAGAAAGUUGA